CCGAAUAUAACGGGCAUAUUGGGAAAAAAAAAAUUGUACAGUACACCGAAUUCUACUGCAUUCUGUUUUAGUGUACUCUUUACUGCAAGAAAAUACCCGGCUUAAAUAUAACGGGGAUGAAUUCACAAUGCAGAUGUUAAGACGCUCCUCCUUCUUCUUCAAUAGUUCGUUGUAUUAUUAGAAAUUCUAACAGAAACGUUUAAACACUCUUUAUUAAGGGUGCCGUGUGUGGUUGUCUGCGUGCAGCCCGGUGGCUCCGAGGGAGUUAAAUUAAGGGAGACGAGAGAAAACCGGAACCGGACGCGGGUGCUGCCGGGUUACCGCUCGCUGCCUGCCCCUCACUGCUUGUACUCUGUUUUUACCCCGUUCCCAAGAGUUCCCGAAAGGACAUUCUCUGCGCCCCAUGUGAUUACGGCGCCACUUCAGUUCCACACACAACAUAAGUGUGAAACUUUGCCCGCAGGCGGUGUAGCACGCGCGCAUUAAAUGUCGUAUUCCACGCGCGCGCCUGUCUGUGUGUGUGUGUGUUCGCGUUCGCAGCCUGAUGACUCUGAGCAGCACGCCCCUGCCGCACUGCUGUCGCCGGACAACUGAGCUCGGACCCCGGAUCCGCUCAUGACUCUGCUGACGCGGGUCGCGCGCCUCCUCGAGCCGCAGUGGCGCGGCCGCUUCGCGCGCUGCCUGCACAUGUCGGCGGGCGGGAGGAGCGCGAGCGCGAGGCGGCUGCGCGUCCUCGUGGACAUGGACGGAGUGAUCGCCGACUUCGAGGGCGGAUUCCUGAAGAAGUAUCGGGCUCGGUACCCCGCGGAGCCCUAUGUCAGCCUGGAGGAGCGCAGGGGCUUCUGGGUGUCCAGCCAGUACGGGCAACUCCGCAGCGACCUGUGUGAAAAAGCCAUCAGCAUUUGGGAAUCAAAGAACUUCUUCCUGGAGCUGGAUCCUCUCCCGGGGGGUUUGGCCGCUCUGAAGGAGAUGUCUAAGAUGGAAAACACCGACGUGUUCAUUUGCACAAGUCCCAUAAAGCAUUACCACUACUGUCCGUACGAGAAGUACGCCUGGAUAGAGAAGCACCUGGGAUAUGAGUUCCUGGAGCGCACCAUCCUGACCAGGGACAAGACCCUCGUGUCCGGGGACCUUCUCAUCGACGACAAGCCCGACAUCCUUGGUGCGGAAGCGAACCCUGCGUGGGAGCACGUCCUGUUCACGGCGUGCCACAACAAACACCUCCCUCCCUGCCCGUCCCGCCGUCGCCUGCUCUCCUGGGACGACGACUGGAGGGCGCUGCUCGACAGCAAGAGACGCUGAGGACACGCUGAGGGGCCUCAACCGGAGCGACCGGCCCGACCGCACCGGGCAACACAAACGCCUGGGUGCGAACCGCUUCCCUGCCUGGACGCACUUGCCGAACACAAAUCCAGUGGUGGUGCACACGCCCGACAGGUGGUGGUUGGUGCUUGUCUCAUAUGCCUCCCGCUUGGUGAUAUAUGUAUUUAUACUUGGAGAUGAGCAUGAUUUUUAACCGAACCCCCGACCUCUAGCGUAGCUCUGGGGCAGACCGAGUCGGUAACCCGGCUACUGAGCUGCGUCAGAACACCUGCUGGUUUCCCCCAAUGGGACACCUCCGUUUUGUGCGGUUCCUGUGUUUCUGUUGUUUUGUCUCACACCCACACCCACACACGCGCACACACACACAUCCAAGGGCCUCUAUAAGUAUAUUAGAUAUGCUCCUGUUUUCAGGCGCGUUUCCCAAACACACAAACAGGGAGAUAGAUGUCAAUCGAAAGGGACACAAAUCACAGAGCGCUCAUCUGUUUCAGGGCACAAAUGACAUUUUUAUGGAUGAUGUGUCUCCCCCUCGGUGGCAAAUAUAGAAUAAUAUGGCAAAUACGAAGGCGGAUUCGACAGUGAUCCUGCAGCCGCUGCGCUUUUAGCGCUCGCACCAGGGGAGCGGUGCAGCGAGCCGGGCGGCGCGUUUAUCUUUUACGUUCCGCCAAAUGUAACGUCGCUAAAGCGCCGCCGUUUUGCUCAAAGUGUGAAUCCGGGGCUGUGCAAACGCAGGUCUCGGGGGUCUCCAGUUCAACGUUGUCGUUUAUUGAUCGGAGUCAGUUGUGUCAGACACCCCCCUCCGUUUUCACAAUAUAU